AUGGUCCAGACAUCCGCCUUUUCAAGUGAACUCAAACACUUAUUAAAUCAUCAGCCACUACCAAGAAGCAGCAAACUUUUGUCUCUUACACCUGUUAUCGACGAACAAGGGAUUUUACGAGUCGGCGGUAGACUUCAAAGGGCUAAUCUUCCCUACUCAGCAAGACAUCAGAUGUUGUUGCCAUCUAAGCAUCCAUUUACCAAAUUGUUGAUAGAAAAUGAGCAUUCCAGAUUGACACGCUGGAUCGCAAACAACUUUAGCGUCCAUUCGUCGAAAAUUCUGGCCGUUGAACGGCAGAAACAUAGUUCGUUUUACAAUCAGAAAGUGCAUCAAAUGCUUCCGCAGCAAUCCUUCAGUUAUUCAGCCUAUCAUCCCAAGGCCAGAGUCCAGAGUUCUCGACCAUUCUCGCAUGUGGGAGUGGACUUUUGUGGACCGUUCUAUCUUCGCGAAUCCAAACGGCGAAAUUCAAGAACCAACAAAUCAUAUGUGGCUAUUUUUGUAUGUCUGGCAACUAAGGCCGUGCACGUGGAAAUGGCAUUCGAUCUCUCCGCCGAGGGAUUUAUACAUGUUCUAAGACGUUUUAUAGGACGUCGAGGCAAACCAAGUGAUAUUUACUCCGAUAACGCUACAAAUUUUGUGGGAACAGACCGCGAAUUGAAGAAAUUACAUGAAAUGUUCACUGAAGAACAGCGUAAAUUAACCCAGGAUUGUGCCACUCAAGGUGUACAAUGGCAUUUCAUACCCCCCAGAGCUCCUCAUUUUGGCGGGAUAUGGGAGGCUGCAGUCCGAUCCUUCAAAACUCACUUUAGGAAGGUGGUCGGUGAAACGUUACUAACGACAGACGAAAUGCUAACCCUUUCAAUCCAAAUUGAAGCUAUUUUAAACUCUCGUCCCAUCACCGUCCUUUCCAGUGAUCCUAAUGAUUUAACAUACUUAUCUCCUGGGCAUUUUCUCAUUGGAGACGUACUUACCGACGUUCCGGAACCGACUUUAUUGAACGUUCAGGACAACAGACUUUCCUGCUGGCAAAGAGUUGAUCAAAUGCGCCAGCAUCUAUGGAAAAGAUGGUCUAAGGACUAUCUGCAUCAAUUACAACAACGUACGAAGUGGAGAGUUGAGGAUAUUAAUGUGACUCCCGGAAGCAUGGUACUUAUUAAAGAGGAUAAUACGCCGCCAUUGCAUUGGCCUCUCGGCAGAAUACUAGAAGUUCAUCCCGGAGACGACGGCAUUGUCCGAGCAGCUACGAUCAAAACAACUAAAGGAACUUUUAAAAGAGCAGCAAACAGGCUGAGUUUGCUUCCUGUGGAGCAAUAA